AUGACUUCAAAGGCAUCCACCAAUAACUUGGUCAUUUUUACUCUUGUAUUGCUUUGGCUGAUCGGUUCAAGUCACACCAAGUGUGAUUUCGAGGCAAUUUUCAACUUUGGAGAUUCAAAUUCAGAUACUGGGGGCUUUUGGGCAGCAUUUCCUGCACAAUCUGGUCCCUUUGGAAUGACUUACUUCAAGAAACCAGUAGGAAGGGCAACAGAUGGGAGACUCAUAGUUGAUUUUCUUGCUCAAGCUCUUGGAUUGCCAUUUUUGAGUCCAUAUUUGCAAUCAAUCGGAUCUGAUUACACACAUGGAGCUAAUUAUGCUACAUUGGCAUCAACUGUGCUUCUACCCAAUACUUCUUUGUUUGUCACUGGGAUCAGCCCUUUCUCUCUUGCUAUCCAGCUCAACCAAAUGAAACAAUUCAAAACCAAGGUUAAUGAAGUACAUGAACAAGGAUCCAAGCUUCCUUCACCAGAUAUAUUUGGAAAAUCUCUUUACACAUUCUAUAUUGGCCAAAAUGAUUUUACUUCCAACUUAGCGGCCAUCGGCAUCGGUGGAGUGCAACAAUACCUCCCUCAAGUUGUUUCACAAAUUGCUGCUACAAUUAAGGAGUUGUAUAAUCUUGGAGGACGUACAUUUUUGGUUCUUAAUCUUGCACCAGUGGGAUGCUACCCUUCAUUCUUGGUGGAGCUUCCUCAUAAUAGUUCAGACAUAGAUGAAUUUGGAUGCUUGGUUUCUUACAACGAUGCGGUAGUGAAAUACAAUAAUAUGUUGAAGGAGUCACUGAGACAAACAAGAGAAAGUCUUUCUGAUGCUUCUGUCAUUUAUGUGGAUACUCACGCAGUUCUGUUAGACCUCUUCCAGCAUCCCACUUCUCAUGGGCUCAAGUAUGGUACGAGAGCUUGUUGCGGAUAUGGAGGGAGUGACUACAAUUUCAAUCCUAAAGUCUACUGUGGAAAUUCCAGAGUGAUAAAUGGAAGCAAAGUGACAGCAACUGCAUGCGAUGACCCCUACAACUAUGUGAGCUGGGAUGGAGUUCAUGCCACAGAAGCUGCAAACAAGCUUACUACCUUUGCCAUUCUUAAUGGAUCCUACUCUGAUCCCCCUUUUCCAUUUCAGGAACAUUGUGAUCUUCAACCUAUAGGUUGA